AUGGGCACAAAGCCCAGCGCGCCGCGUGCGCGCAGAUUCGACCAGCUCGCGACCAGCCCUUUGGUCGCCCUCACCUCAUUUUUAAGCCUGGAACAGAUCCUUGCUGGUCUCGGUUGCCUCUUGGCCGGCGCAGCGUCCGGAGCCGAGCGCUCCGAUCGUCUCCAACGGCGCCGUGCCCUGGGCUUGCACCUCGCGGCAGCAUCGCGGGCCUUCCAUCUGACACUCUCCCCUAUUGUUCGUCCUCACCCGAAGGACGCAGAGGCGUCGUCUCAGUGCAGGCGAACGUCGACACAAGUUUGA